AUUGUUGUGUAUGUCUCUUUAAUUGAAGGGAGCAAGAGCCAUGAACACCCAAAAUGAAACCGAUAGCGAUGCAAUGCUAAGAGGCCAGGCACAAAUAUUGCAGUACAUAUACGGUGCUCUUGAUGGCAUGGCUAUAAGAUGUUGUGUAGAACUACACAUUGCAGACAUAAUAAAUAAUCACGGACGUCCUACAACCUUGUCUGAAAUCUCAACUGCCAUUGAUUCCCCAUCAAUAAACGUUGAUGGGCUCAGACGGCUCAUGACGUUCUUGGUCAACCGAAAGGUGUUCGAUGAGAUGGUUGAGUCAGAAGAGAGCGAGUGCGAACCACUUUACUCGCUAAACUACUGUUCAAAGUGGUUGUUACGUGACACCAAUGUGACAUUAGCACCAUUGGUUAUGAUGCGGACCGACCCAGUAACUAAUUUGCCUCUGCACGCCCUGAGUCGAUCGAUCAAAGAAGGUGGUACGGCUUUUAAAGCGGCUCAUGGGAAAGGGUUGUUUGAUUUUUGUUCACUUAACUCGGAGUUUAAUAGGGUUUUCAACGAGGCUAUGGCGUGCACUGCCACAAUCACCACAAAUGCGGUUAUUUCACAUUAUAAGGAUGGCUUUCUUGGCUCGAAAGGAAGCGUGGUGGAUGUAGGGGGUGGUACUGGGAUUGCAAUAUCGGAGAUUGUGAAGGCGUAUCCGCAUCUUAAAGGGAUCAAUUUUGAUUUAUCACACGUUGUUUCGACUGCACCAAAGUAUGAUGGGAUUACACAUGUUGCUGGGGACAUGUUCAAGUCUAUCCCUCCUGCGGAAACUAUAUUUAUGAAGUGGAUCUUGCAUGAUUGGAGCGAUGACGAUUGUAUUAAGAUACUUCAAAAUUGUCAAAAAGCAAUACCAAAGGAAACUGGGAAGCUUGUUAUCGUGGAGAUUGUUCAACAACCUAUAGCACAUGGUAUUUUUGACGACAUACGUCUUACAUAUGAUCUAGUAAUGUUUUCCCACUUUUCGGGUGGAAGAGAACGGACCGAAAGGGAAUGGAAGAAACUACUUAAUGAAGGAGGCUUUACACGUUACAAUAUUAUCAAAAUUCCUACUCUUCAGUCGGUUAUCGAGGUCUUUCCAUAACCGAAUAUGAUGUAGGGGUUUUUUUUUUUUGUUUAAAAUGACUUCCUAAGUUAAUUCUGGUAAGCUUGCUCAAAGUUAUAUAACAUGGUGGUUUGUAACAUUUAAUGUAUGAUCCUGGAUGGUUGAGUUAUGUUUAAUUUUAUUUUGAGUCCGGCCUACUUGAUAAAUAAUACGGUUUUGAUUAUUUUAUCA